ACCUUUCCUGACAUCGUUGCAGAAACUGCAUACGUCACUAUCAGAGCGUGGAUACUUUCUUCAUCAGAUAUCGUCAACACAAAUAACUUUGGGUAUGUCAAAGGUGACGAUAUGCCUGGAGCAGGAGUGAUAUCUAUGACAAACGCAAUUGACCUGGACUUUCACAUAGUCAAUGUUGAGAUCAGGGACAAAACAGUUAGCAGUGGGAAGGUAUUUUACGGAGCUGGAUCUGCCAAUAUGGGAUAUUCAGGGGAGCCUUACGGGGGCGUGGUUUUUUGGUUACACAAUAUCAGAUGUUCUUUUAUGGACACCCAGCAAUAGUGUGACUGGGGGAAAUCUUAUCUACAUUGGUGGUUUGUGGGGAGAUGGUACAGAGAAUAUGCAGAUCAACAAUGUUCAUAUAACAGUCAAAGUAAUAAAGGCUGGGUUUACAGAAUGCCCAUUGCCUCAAGAUAUUCCGAAUACAAUCAAAAUGUAUAAUGGGCUGAUGGCCGGAAAUAAGACUUUAUAUGCUUGUGUACCUGGAUACACCAGUAAUGGAGAUUCAGUUGAGAGUUUGUGUAAUGGAACAUCAUGGUCCGAUACUAGUUUAUCAUGUCUAGCAGCUUCAACUUCAGCAGCAACAGACUGCGCAUGUGCCAUGUCUUCAACUGCUCAAUUACAAUCAACCGGAACACCAGAUACAAAAAGUAUCAAAGAAUUCGAUACCAUCAUAUCAGAACUCAAAGUGUCCAAAGCUAACACAAGCUCUUUUAAAAGAAGGUUAACCUGUGCGUAUGAUCCACGUGAGAGUUCUAAGGCUAUAGGUAGCUCUUGAAUCUCUAUUAUUUGUAUUGUAUUUUGUCUCAUUUUUAUUUCCGA